AUGUUGAAGGUCACCUCCAUUGUCCGCGCCUACGACAGCCUGUCGUUGGUCACCCCCGCUGUUGCCAGUCUGUCCGACCUGGACAUACUGUGCAACUUCAUCCGCGAAAGCCUCCCGACGGGUACCCCGUUCGAGGUUGCGCUCCCAUCGUCAAUGUCUUUUAUAAAGAUCCUUGACAUUCCUUACUUCGAUCUGAAGGGGUUGAAGAUCACCCAGGAGGCACUUGAAAAGGCCCUCCGCACCUCAGUUCAUGCUGAGGUUUUCGCAUAUCUGAGCACCAAGCCUCAGAUAGAUCGCAACUCCACGCACUCAACAUCGUGCACAGUCUACUGCAACCUUUGGGACUCCCAGCAGGGGACCUGUGCCAAGAAGGCCCUUGGCCAACUGAUCUUCCUUGCCGGGUGGUCCUGUGCAAUCAGGCCCACCGCACGACACACCGGGGUCCCACUUUGCCAGCACUGCUGGAAGUGGGGCCACCCCACUGUCACCUGUAAGGCAAAACAACUCUCCUGCCCUAUCUGUUUGGGUCUGCACAAGCAGAAGGAGCACCGUCAACAUGCAAGAUGUCGCAAGGGGAACGUGAAAGCGAAACCCCCUGUGCCACCCACCCCUCGCAACCAGCCUUGCCCCCACAAGGGCCACUGCGUCAACUGCCACAAGGACCAUGCUGCCAACUUGGCUUUGUGCAAGUUCUGGGCUCAUCGUUACGACCGUGAGUGGAUCAUGGCUGAAUAUUGUCAGACCAAUGUUGGGAAACCUUCAGGAUCUAAAUAG